AUGCAGCUAACUUACAUAUUUGUUACCAUUUUGACCCUUUACACAACUCUCUCCAGAGCUAAUAUACUACCAGGACCACCUGCUACUGACAGGAGACCCAUCCACGGUGAUUCACCCCUAUAUCAAUGUGAUAUAUACGAAAGACAAAUACUCAACAUUGAAAAUGUAGAUUUGAGCCCAAAUCCACCGAAGAGAAACUCCAAAUUGAAUAUCACAGCUUCAGGGGAGGCAUUUAAAGAAAUUAAAAAGGGUGCAUAUAUUGAUAUUGUAGUACGUUUGGGUUAUAUAAAGUUGUUAACACAAACAUUUGAUCUUUGUGAUAUGUUGGAAGACGAAGAUGUGGAAGGUCUACGUUGUCCCGUCCAACCAGGCAAAUAUAAUUUAGCAAAGAGUGUGGAUAUCCCUGCUGAGGUACCUCCUGGAAGGUACAUCUUUUCCGCUAGAGCAUACACUGUGGAUGAUGAAUUGAUUACCUGCAUCACUGGUGAAGUUCUCUUCCCGGCAACAUAUUGA